GGAGAAGAGGACUGGACCUGGAGAUGUAGCUACCAGCAGUGAUGCACCAGCAGCUGUCAGGCAGCUAGAUAUUAGUAAUAUUUGACAAUGCGAUGGGUAACUGCUGGGCAUACUGUGUCGGGCUCUUCAGGAGAGAAGCCAACAGGAUCCAGAGAGGAGGCGGAUCCAAAUAUUUCCGAAGCAGCACCACAGGGGAACAUUACACAAUAGAGUUUGAAAAUCUGGUAGAGAGUGAUGAGGGGGAGGGAGACAGCCCGCAGCCCUGCCCAAGGCCUAUCAGUGAAGAUGAAAUCAAGCACCUCAGAGAACACCGCUACACUGCGAUCUCAGACAAGCAGAUCCUCAUAGACCAGAAGAUACAAGCGGAGUUAGAGGCACAAGAGGAGAAUUUAAGGCUAGAAGAGGAGGCUAGAAAUGCCGCCCAGCGUGAGGCCGCCAAGUUGGCACGUGAACGAAAAAUGAAGGAGCAGCUGUCUGCCCAGAGGACACGGGGGAAAGCAGAUGGCUCUGGCAGUGAAACUCAGCAAAGAAAACAAACCUCUGGGGAGGAUUUUGAUGUCUACCUCCAGAAUGUAAAAGCCCAGUCUGAGGCUUUCAGGAGCAGCAGACUUCCCUCCGACACGAAUGUGGUGACUCCCAACACAGAGUGCAGCUGGGAUUUCACCACUAAGACCCGCUCCACCAAUGAUGACGGCACCUCACUGGACCUAGAGUGGGAGGAUGAGGAAGGAAUCAAUCGAGCACUUCCAGCCUGGGAGAGGUCUCGGACGGAGGAGGACAUCCUGCGCGCAGCCCUGAGGCCCGGCGGCAAGCAGAUGAACAGCGGCCCGACCUCGGCCUCCGAGGACUCCAACGCACUGGAGUGGGAAAAUGAUUUUGUGAGUACUCACCCAGAGGACAGUGCAAACACUGAAUUUGAAGGGUUUGUCAAUCCCGUCCUAGACACUCCCUCUGAGGACGCUUCGGACUGUGGCCUCAGGUUGGACAACCAGGACAGAUAGUGUCCAGCACCAAAGGAGAUGUUUGUCGAGCCCUCUUCAUGUCAAAGCUCACCAGCUUUUUGCCUCAUGAAAUGGAAAUGUACUUACAUGCUCUUCAUAUUCUGUAAUAUGAGACUCUGAUGCUGCGGUAAUAUGUUGUGGAUCUCUACACUACAGUGCAUUGUAGUGAUGUUUUUAUCAAAUACUCAUUUUUCAGUGCCUUCAUUUGCUGAAUUAGCCGACCAUUUUAUGCGUUGUAAUUGGUCAGUUACAUCCAUUACAACCAUUUGACACGUUGCUCAGUAAGUGCUGAUUUUCAGAGCACAGGUGGUCCUACAUAAACUAGUAUGUUGCCAAGUUACUUAUUAUUACUUUAAUGUGAAAGCAAGUUGCUGCUGUAGGACAUGUGUAUUAUACUCACUGAUAGAAAUGGACACAUUUCACUGGUUGCAGGGAGGGUGUUCAUGCAGAAUCAUAUAUCAAGGUACUUGAUCUAAAUCCCAGUAGGGGAAUUUGUUCUCUGCAUUUGACCCCUCCUAACUAUUUAGCAGCAGUCUACAGCCACAGAGCAGUCAGUGCCUGGGGACCAAGCGCAGUUCUGAGAUCAGAGCCUUGCUCAGUGGUAAUGGCAAGAGUAUUCUGCAUGUAUUCUGGGUUGGGAAGAAACCCCCACAUAAGCACAGAAAACAACAUCAAAGCUACAGAAAAUAGACCUCACUCUGCCCUUCUUCUCUCACCUGUUUCAGUUUUGUCCUCCUGAUUUAUCGAGUUAUUGCAUGAUGGCUAAAGAGAACUGAAUUUCACAUUCACACAACAAGUUGUUGAUGAAAAAGAUGAAACAUUAGAGUAAACUUUCAAUUUCAAUUAAUCAGCACAAUGAUACAGCCACUGUCUCCACAUUUGAGACUGCACCCAGGAUGGUUUCUUCUUCUUGUUUAAAUGUUCCUUUGAAUCAUGGGAUGCUUGCUCAGCCUAUUUUUGUAUAAUUGUUUGUAUAACAGCGGCCUCAGACAAGGCGUGCAUUUUGUGAAAUGCUGUUGGUGCAUGCACUCUGACAAGAAGGCUGGGCUCACUGCGCUGCCAUCAGCUGCUGUGCUAAGUGAGUUUUUAUACUUCUAGUCCUGUUGCUGUAAUUUGUGUAUCUUCUGACAUUUUAAUAGAUCAACAAAUCGGGUAUCUAAUGAGGAAUUCAUUUAACCAGGCUCAGAAGCAACCUCUGUAUUUGAUUAAAAGUGUCAGCCUCUUAGGUCUAACAGCUUCAUGUCCAGAAAAAUAAAGCCAAGAGAAGCCCAAGCAUGAAAACACCUUCACUGUCCUUUUGCAGUAAAAUGCUCAGUAGUAUUUUGACUCUAAAUAUACACAUUUCCAUUAGUCUAUUAGUGAACAUCUGACAACAAGAGACCUUUUUAUAAAAUAAUUUAAUUAAGCACAUACAGUGACUCAUGUUCAUGGGCCUCUUGGUCUAUUGUAGAACAUCUGGAUUUUUAAAACUGGCCUUUUUGUUUCCAGUGAUUGUCUUCAACUGGUUCUCUGCUUAAUUGUAAUAAGUAAGGGAACAUGGAAAUAAAAAUCCUCAAAUUUAAGAAGUUUGAAUGACCAAUAUUUUGACAGCACUAACUACCUUCACCAAGGAGGUUAGGUUUUCACCCAUGUUGGUUUUUUUGUUUAUUUGUCAGCAAGUUUAUGCAAAAAAGAGCUAAACCAAUUUGCACCACACUUGAUGGAAGGAUGGGGCCAGAGAAGAACCCAAUAAAUUUUGGUGCAGAUCCAUUAGAGCAAGACCAACAUGUAGGACUGUUUGUUGUUGGCAGAGGUAUGUGCUCUACUGAGUGCCAUUCUAGUUCCUACUGAUUUUCUAAAUCGUGUAUCAUGUAUCCAAACAACAUGGGUAAAACACAGUUAUUAAGCUGUUAAUGUGAAACACAAAAUAAUACAGCGGAAUAAUGAAAGAAUAUACAACAAAGGUGGAAUAUCACAGGAGACAAUCUUUACCUAAAUGAAAAAAUCACUCUGUUUACAAGCUUUAAAAAAGACACUGCUGAUUUCUGAUUGGUUGCUCAUGUUUGGCAUUUAUUCAAGACACAAAUCCCUUUUGAGUGUAAUAAAUAUACAUCUAAAAUGAUAUGAAAUCCAAACCAGGUAUUCUGACCUAAAAAACAUUCAUAAAUCUUAGUCUGUAGUUGUUCAUUGCUAAUAAUGAAAGCAAUAUAUUGUGGAGAGUGAGAUCUGAGAUUGGAUGCAAAAAGACCACUGUUAGCAAACAUGCCUCUGUGGCCUAAACUUUGGCACGUUCCAGGCUUUAAUUGAUCCAGAGCUGCUCUCCCAGGGAAUGUGCUGUAUACAUUAUUCUAGUUCUUGUGCAUCACAUUUUUAUACGCUGAUGUUGACCCGUCACAUUCAGUCGAGCACGAGUUGGGACAGUGAGUGUUUCACACUGAUUAUUUCAUCUGUUUGAACCAGAGGUAGUUUAGAGAUUGCACUCUAAUGUGUGGACUUUUAAUUUGGUUGUAGGAGAUGAUUCACUUGUGUGAGGAAGAAACUGUGCACUACUAUUUAAGUGUGUAGACGAGACACGGGUUAAUUUGCAGAGAUUUGAGUUGUGUAAUUUAAAGAUAGUAUUGUUUUUAAACACAUUACAAUAUAAUGCUUUGCUGUGAUUACAUGAUAUCUGGUUAAUCACUGUAAUUUCCUGUAAAAAAAAAAAAAAAAACAACAAAACUGUAACUUAGCAUUCCUUGUCACAAUGAGCCUAAGAAAAAAAAAAUAAAAUAUAGAUAAAAUGUCUUGGACAUCACAUGCAUUCACUGUAAAGACCUGGUGUACAUGGGGCACAGAGCACAGCUGUUGUUUGGUACAUUUGAAGUGACAUUAAUUAACAGAACCAUCGUUAGUUUAACUGGUCUUGUUAGUUGUUGGUAAGUGCAUAGUUUUGUGAAUUUUGUCAUUUUGUAAAGUGAUAUUUCAUACUGGCAGAAUGUUUGAAUUUCUCUCACAAAAAAAAACCUACAAGUACAAGACUCAAGGUUGACAAACUGAAGCGAUAGGGGAAUUACAGACAACAGCGAAGCCACUUCAAAGUCACACUUUCAUUGCGAUACAAACUACACAUUUAUGAUACACAUUACAAAUCUAUAAUACAAGUUACAAAUCUACAAUACAAAUGAUAAAGUGAAUCCAGCAAAUCUAAACUCUCUACUAAGAGCUUGAGAAAAGUCUAAAAAAUACACAUCUUGCCUUUCCAUCUGUAAAAAUAUUAUAUAAAAGUGAACUCUCACUUUACCCAGAGGUACUAUAUGGAUGUAUUAUAAGCCACCAGUUGGGGCUACCACUAAUUUUUACACGGCACUGUGUGGUGUGUGUUUCUUUGUGAUCUGUCAUCACUCAUCACCACUGUGGUUCAGAGGGUUAAAACAGACACUGUUUGUAAUACUGUAGACUCAUCCACUGAAGCCUGUUCACUGUACAGAUCAUCUUUUUUUUAUAAAAGUCAGUACUAGUAACUGGUUUCCCAAAAUCAUAUGACUUAGUCAAGGACAAACAACCGGUAAACCUCCUCAAAUGAUGUUGAAUGUAUUAAUCUCCUCGAAGGCAGACUGCGCAAUUGAAGUUUAGCUUUGGGGAACGCUCUGCUGUUUAUUGUUUUCAACAAAAUCAAAAAAGGUCAAAAUGUGAAAAUCAAAGUAAUUAGCUGAAAAGUUAUUAGGAAGAGUUGAUUGAAGAAAUUGACAUAAUUUUAAAACAACUAAGGUGGGUUUUUACGAAACACGGGUCACAGUUCAUGCAGCACAGAUUCUUUUUAAAAAUCUAAAGCAGGAAUUUUUACAACCAGCAGCUUUAAAGCUUUUCCUCUGAAAAGACUCCCAGUGGAGCUCUCUGGAGGUCGUCCACAGUGGUUCUCCAUCUGACUCAGCUUUGUAAAAGUCGCCUUCUUGCUUCAAUGUGUUGAAAUGGACGGUCAAAAAUCUGUGACAUUUCUCAACACUGAAUGUCCCUUUGCUGCUCUGUGUUUAAAAUACAACACUGAAUCAACUUCCUGUCAGUUCAUGAAAGUGUUACUCAUCAGCUGCUCUGAACACUUUGUGCCUUGCUGGCAUAGUUUUCAUAUGGAAAAACCCUCUGUGAAUGGGAAGUCAUGUAUUUUGUAAUUCUGGUUUUUGGAGUAAGUAGAAGACUUAAUAUAUUUAAUAUUAUUAUUUACCUGUUUGAUCAACAAGCAUCUCUUACCUUAUAAUGGUUACAAAGUAAAAAAAAUACUGACAGAUUUUCUGAUUUGGAAAAAAUAGGAAUGUGAUAUAUUACUCAAUCUGUUAAUGUGAUGUACUUUAUUGUACAUUUAAAUGUGAUGUUUUUAAUCACACUGCAGCAAGACAUUUGGCAGUUGUUACACAAAACAGUUACUAGCAGCUGUUUCUGUAUGAAUCCAUAUAACUAUAAUCACUCAUUUGUCCCUUGAUGACCCCACUUAAUGGAAGUUUGUCACAAACUGGACUAAAGUGUGCACAUAAGAGUAGAUUUGGAGGGGGUCAUCUUUUCUUUCCAAGGUUGCACCGAUAGAGACUACGACUUUACUUCAUUUUUAGCCUUGAUGUCUUUGUAAAUAAAAGUUGUCUUUGCACAUUUCCAUUGCUAUGGCAUAUUUUUCUUUACAAGAGAUAAGGAGGUUGUGGAAAUGGUAAUUCUUUUUUGUACAUAAAUGAGUAAAAUAUUUGAUUACUUAAUACCAUGGUUUUGGUUUUCUAUGACAAACGUAAGAAAAAAUUAGGAAAUAUGUGAGCAAUUUCUAGAAUUGGCUCAACGCCACUAUGUCAAGGUUCAUUGUGAAUAUUUAAUUAGAUCAGUGUAAACUCAUAGCUGCAUUGCAGCAACACUGGCAUUUGAGUAGACACAACCUCUUGUGUUUUGU